GAGGAGAACAAAAUAAAGGCUCAGACCAGAAUCAAACCUGUAUCUCAUGCAAUUUGUCUGGAUAUAUGCACUAUGCGCUCGACCACUUUAUCAUCGCUCUUAUUUUGAUUCUAGAGUACUUUUCACAGCCUGAGCCUGUUAUGUGAAAUUUUAUUCUCCACACUAUACGCAUAUUGUUUAUGCAUUUGCGUAUAGAAAUAUAUUUUGUUUGGUCAUGUUUUUAUUGUUGUUUAAUAGGAAUACCCUCUGCAGACGACCUGAUCUCUAUUUACUGCCACUGUCGAGGGAUCCCAAAGUCUCUUCCUCAAAAAAACUUCUUUAUUCCCAUGGCCAUUUUCAAAAUGGCUGCGAUUUCACAGGGGAUCUAUGCGAGGCAUUUGUUGGGCAAUGCCAGUUCUGCAAACGCAGCUGUGUUAGGAGAGAUCGUUGAGCCGUUAGCUGAGCUGGGACUGCAGAUCGCCCUGAGCCGAACGUUAACCGUGCCAACCCCUGAUCAGCUGUUCCUACAGUCACCCAAUGGUCAGACCGUGCUUCACCGCAUCAAAGAGUUCAUGAGAAAUCACGUACUUCCUGCCCAACAGGUCAGCACCGCCGCCAUCUGGAUAAAACGUGCUCAGACACACUACGUGGCCAAAAGUAUGCAGAAACCCCCUUCUUAG